AUGUGGAGGUUUUUGAAUGGAAAAGAAGUUCUGUGGGUUAGAGUUGUUAAAUCUUUAUAUGGGGAGUUGGUGUGGGGGGAGGAUGGUUUCAGGUGCGAAAGGAGGAUGAGGGCAGGGACAGGGUGGUGGGAGAAGAUCGUGGCAGCAGGGAAAGGGACGGUGGGGUCUUGGUUUGUGAAUAACUUAUGUCGAAGGGUAGGGGAUGGGGGGAAUACACGAUUUUGGACACAGAAAUGGGCGGGGGAAAGACCUCUUUCUUUUAGGUUUCCAAGACUGUUUAACCUUUGCGAAAACAAGGAGGCGCUUGUCAGCGAUAUGGGGAGGUGGGAGAACGGGAAGUGGGAAUGGGAGUUGCGGUGGAGAAGGGAACUUUUUGAGAGGGAGGAGGAGUCAGUUAAUUCUUUACUGCUGUGUAUUUCUGGUUGUGUAAUUCAUGCAGGAGAAACUGAUGGAUGGACAUGGAAGGAGAAUAAAGAUGGCAUCUAUACAACAAAAUCUGCUUACUCUUGCUUGCAGGCAGAAAGGAAAGACGGCACGGAAGCAAAUGACAGUUCGAAGACAGCGGCGAUGGUGUGGGAUGCCCCAGCUUUACAAAAAGCUAAAGUGACAGCUUGGCGAGCGCUUCGGAAGAGACUUCCCACGUGUGAUAACUUGAGAAGGAGAAACAUUGUGAUUGAUGAUGUGGAAAUGAACUGCAACGCAUGUUUUUCACCAGUUGAAACUGUCGACCAUACCCUCUUACACUGUCCCAAGGCCUCCGCUGUUUGGGAUGGUAUCAUGAGAUGGAUCGGUUUACAGUCGGUUCGCCCACAAGGUUUGGAAGCACAUUUUCUUUUGUUUUCACAGCUUGGCAAUGGGAAGAAGUGCACUAAGUUUUUGAAGUCUCUUUGGGUGUGCACUAUUUGGAUUCUCUGGAGACAAAGAAACGCAAGCAGAUUCGAAGCCUCUGACUUUGGUAUCUCUGGUACCAGUUUUUAA